GAGUGCACGCCCCGGAAGCGGAAGCGAGCGCUCGUUUACGGGGCGGCUGAUUCGAGGGCUUGUUUUUCCACCAGCGGCAUCUCGGAAGAGCGGCUGCAGCACGGGCCAUGCCGUCCGAGAGUCGCUGCUGGGAGACCCUGCAGGCGCUGCGCAGCUCCGACAAAGGUCGCCUCUGCUACCACCGCGACUGGCUCCUGCGGGGCGAGGAUGUUUUAGAAGAAUGUGUAUCCACUCCCCAGCUAUCUUCUUAUGCUGGAUGGGUGGUAGAUCAUGUCCUACCCCACACACAAGAGAACCUGUCUCCCUCUGAGACGUCAACAUCCUCUAGAUCCACUUCAGGCCUGGACCAACCUUCAUUUGUUCCCAAGUCUCCCAUCAGAAGCCUUGCCUUUUCACCAGCAUCCCCAAGAACACCAGCAACACCAGAUGGGACCAAGGGCAAACGUGAGUCCCAGCACACAGAGCCCAUGUUACUGCAGUCCUCCAGGGGCAUCAAGGUGGAAGGCUGCAUCCGAAUGUAUGAGCUGGUGCACAGAAUGAGAGGAGCAGAGGGCCUGAGGCUGUGGCAGGAGGAGCAGGAGAGGAAGGUGCGAGCGCUCUCUGAGAUGGCAUCUGAACAGCUGAAGCGUUUUGAUGAACGGAAGGAACUGAAGCAUCAUAAAGAAUUCCAGGACUUGAGGGAAAUGAUGGAAAAGAGCUCCAGAGAAGCCCUGGGGCAGCAAGAGAAGCUGAAAGCUGAGCAUCGCCACAGAGCCAAGAUUCUCAACCUGAAGCUGUGGGAGGCAGAGCAGCAGCGGCUGAAGCGGGUGGAGCAGGAGCGGCUGCGGAGGGAGGAAGGCCAGGUCCGCCUGCGGAGCCUCUAUGCCGCGCAGGAGGAGCUGCUGCACCUCAACCAGCAGCUGGACUCCGUGGGCCAGCACAGAGACCUGAAGGUGGACCUGCUGGCCUUGCGGAGCCGAGGCAACCAGCUGUGCGGCCUCAUCUCGGGGAUCAUUCGGACCACUUCAGAGAACGGCUUUCCCACGGCAGAGGACCAAGCCGUGGCCGAGAGCGCGCUGCAGGAAAUGCGGGACCUCCUGGCGGACGCCAGGGCAUGUGAAGACAAGAGGAGGCAGGAAGAAGAGGAGGCCCAGGUGAAGCGGCAAGAGGCACAGGCGCAGCAGAGGCCGGAGGUCCGCAAAGAGUGCCCCGCUCCCAGCCAGGGCCCGGGAGGGAAACGGAGCGAAGACCUCCAGGUGAAGGUACAAGACAGUACAAUGCAGUGGUACCAGCAGCUGCAGGAAGCCUCCCGUCAGUGUGUGCUGGCCUUUGAGGGACUGACCAGCAGCAAAGACAGUCAGGUCAAAAAGAUAAAGAUGGACCUCCAGAAGGCCGCCACUAUCCCCGUGAGCCAGAUCUCCACCAUCGCAGGCUCCAAGCUGAAGGAGAUCUUUGACAAGAUCCACAACCUACUCUCUGGAAAACCUGUUCAGUCUGGUGGGCGCUCUGUGUCCGUCACCCUGAACCCACAGGGCCUGGACUUUGUCCAGUACAAACUGGCAGAGAAAUUUGUGAAACAAGGAGAGGAGGAGGUGGCCUCUCAUCAUGAAGCUGCGUUCCCCAUCGCCGUCGUGGCGUCCGGGAUCUGGGAGCUGCACCCGCGGGUGGGGGACCUCAUCCUGGCUCAUCUGCACAAGAAUUGUCCGUACUCUGUCCCUUUCUACCCGGCUUUCAGGGAGGGAAUGGCUUUGGAAGACUAUCAAAGAAUGCUUGGCUACCAAGUGAAGGAUUCCAAGGUGGAGCAGCAGGACAACUUUCUGAAACGCAUGUCCGGGAUGAUGCGUCUCUAUGCUGCCAUCAUCCAGCUCCGGUGGCCGUAUGGAACUCGACAAGAGGUUCACCCUCAUGGCUUAAACCAUGGCUGGCGCUGGUUGGCACAGAUACUAAACAUGGAGCCCCUGUCGGACGUGACAGCCACCCUCCUCUUUGACUUCUUGGAGGUGUGUGGGAAUGCCCUCAUGAAGCAGUAUCAGGCCCAGUUCUGGAAGAUGAUGCUUCUCAUCAAAGAGGACUACUUCCCCAGGAUUGAAGCCAUUACAAGCUCAGGACAGAUGGGUUCCUUCAUACGCCUCAAGCAGUUCUUGGAGAAAUGUUUGCAGCGCAAGGAGAUUCCUGUCCCCAAGGGCUUUCUGACUUCCUCCUUCUGGCGUUCCUGAUGUCACUCCGUCACCCACCGUCACCGUUCUGUUGCAGAGGCGCAAUAAUAAAGCAACUGAACAGAGCUGUGUUUGAGAGAGCACUGUCAGAUUUAGAAACCUACCAAUAUGUAUUUUUAUAUAUUUAUGCCUUGUGACUAGGGAAGGUUUUCAUGGGCCACUGGUGACUCCUCAAGGAUCCACAUGACAGGAGAAAUGGAUUUGGCCUUCUCACUUCUGCAAACAUUUUGAGGUGUUUAGCACUUGAUGCCACUGUUUUAUUACCUUUCUGUCUCGAAUCUUUCAGAAAGUAGGUAGUACCUAAGCAUUUCGCUCUGAGCUGAAGUGAGCCCACCACUUCCAAGAGUCCUGUAGUAGUUGAGGCCCGAAUCCUUACAUAUGAGUCUGAGUUGUGGUUGCUUUGCCUUUCUCGGCUUGUGAAGUAAUUAGAAAU